UGCGUAGUUAUAUCUAGUGACAGAUGAAGAUAACUACUAGAGUAAGAGAAAAGUCAAAGGACUUUAAUCAUUAACGGGAUUCUGAGGAGGAAACAGAAAUGGCAGACAAAAAAGAUAAACUUUUGGUAGCCGCCAUAGAUUUUGGUACUACAUUCUCUGGAUAUGCAUUUUCAUUUAAACAUGACUAUAAAACUGAUCCCUUAAGAAUUUCUACCAAUCAGAACUGGGUAGCUGGUUCAAGGGGACUUGUGUCCUUAAAGGCGCCAACAUGUGUGUUGCUGUCUCCAGAGAGGGAGUUCAUGGCAUUUGGAUACGAAGCUGAGGAUAUGUACUCAGAACUGGCUCUAGAUGAUAAUCAUUUUGAUCAUUACUUCUUCAAAAGAUUUAAAAUGGUGCUUCAUUCCACUAAGAAAUUGUCAAGAACCAUAUUGAUAAAAGAUGACAAAGGCAAAGAAGCCCCAGCAUUAGAUUUAUUUGCCCAUGUUAUAAGAUACCUGAAAGGUCACUUGCUAGCUGCAUUGGAAACUAAAGGCACAACAGUAAACAAUAAAGACAUUCACUGGGUCUUAACUGUUCCAGCUAUCUGGACAGAUUCAGCCAAACAAUUCAUGAGGGAGGCUGCCAAUAAGGCUGGUAUUGAGACAGAUCAGCUGUCUAUUUGUCUGGAGCCAGAGGCUGCCUCCUUGUACUGUCAACACCUGCCCACCACCAAGUUGAUGGGGAACCCUGGUACUCAGUCUUUCCUAUCCUCCAGUUCAGGAACAAAGUACAUGAUCAUUGACUUAGGAGGUGGCACAGCAGACAUAACAAUUCAUCAAAAACAACCAGAUGGGACUCUGAAAGAGUUGCACAGACCUACUGGGGGACCUUGGGGAGGGACAAAAGUGGAUGAGGCAUUCCAUCAGAUGCUGAUUAGAAUUGUCAGUGGGCCAUGCUUUAAGAAAUUCAAGGACGAUUUUAAAGCAGAUGAUCUAGACAUCCACAGGGAAUUGGAGACCAAGAAGAGGACAAUAAAACCAGAAUCCGAGAGCAAAAUUACGAUCAAGCUACCAGUGUCCCUAGUGACAACAUUUGAGGAUGAGACAGGUGAAAAAAUCAAAGAAGUGAUACAGCAGAUGCAGUAUGCUGGUAAAAUGACCUGGCAGACGGAUAAACUGAGAAUGGAGGCAGACUUGUUUAAAGAUUUGUUUAUGGAGCCUGCUAACAUGCUUGUUGAACACCUUCAGGAAUUGAUGAAAAAAGAAAAUCUUACAGAUAUAUCAACACUUCUGAUGGUCGGUGGAUUUUCUGAAUCACCCAUGAUGCUGGACGCAGUCAUGAAGGCUUUUCCAAGUAAGAAGGUGAUAGUUCCAGAGGACGCAGGUUUGGCUGUGCUGAAGGGAGCCGUUCUGUUUGGCCACAAACCUCAAGCUAUCACGAUCCGUAAAGCUAGGUACACAUAUGGAAUUAAUAUUUCCCCACCAUUUGUGAAGGGUGACCAUUCCCCAACAAGGAAAGUGACCAUAGAUGGUGUAGAUCGUGUGAAAGACGUUUUCAAGAAAUACAUCCAGUGUGAUCAAGAUAUCCGUGUAGGAGAAGCCGUCAGUGGGCGCCAUGUUACUAUAAAAAGCAACCAAUCCGAAAUGCUGCUGAAGAUAUUCGCAUCAGAAGAUCCAAAUCCCAAAUAUGUGACUGAUAAAUCUUGUGAAUAUCUAGGAAAAGUGGUAGUAAAAUUGCCAGAAGCCAAAGAAAGACUUAAGGUUGAUGUGAAGAUGAUUUUUGGAGAGACUGAGUUGAUGGUGGAAGCAAAGGAGUCCACCACUGGAAAGGUCUACUCCUCUUACUUUGACUUUUUGUAACAAAACUAAUAUGAAUUAUAUGUGUACCUAUUAAAUUAGGAUGUCUUGAUUGAAUGAUUCAAAACUGCAAAAGAAUGUUUUAAUCCAUAAGAAUUCUGUGACAUGCAAAUAAAUAAAACAAUAUUCAGCA